AGUUGUUUUCAGCAUCGAGAGAAACUCCGGUUUUUCGCUGAAAACUCCCUUCUCAGAGUUUUAUUCGCAAGUUUUUUACAUAUUCAUCGCCAGUUGUUUCUUAUAAUCAUCGCCAGUUGUUUCAUAAGUUUUAUUAAAAAAUAAUAAAAAAUUAGUAGAUCCAUGAAUAUAUUAAAACCCUUUUAGGUAGUUUCCCUCAAUAUGGCGCUUAUACCCAUCGAUCCGUCCAAGUGGAACUUGGUUUGCACGGAUUAAUAUGAGAACCUUCCCGAGCAGGGCGAAUGCGAGUUGACUCUGCAGAUCGUGGGCCCGAACGGAUCGGAUUCUCGGCCUGUGACUUUCCGAGUCAGGCGGGAGAAUACUUCUCUGAUCCUCAGGGAUGGAUACGAGACGUUCGAUUGGCACACGUUCCUCCAUCACGUUGAGCGUUUCCGCAUCGAGACCCGCGACCUCUAUGAGAGGUUGAUCCAAAAGACGGAGCUGGCGGGGUACUACAUGGGGAUGGCACAGUCCGCCACGGCUGUGGACACAGUCCGCCUGCAGUCGGACAUCUCCCUACUGCGGGAGCAGGCGGCUUCGGAGGUUGCAGGUGCACGCCAUGAGGCAGCGAUGCACAACCAGUUGAUAGCCUCUGGCAUGCAGGGGGAAGUGGCGUUGUUGCAAGAAAAGCUUCGCCAGAUGGAAGACCGCAUGAGGAGUCUGGAGCGCUACGUCGGGAAGCAGGACGACAAACGGCAAGCGCAAGAAGAGAAACGGCACGAGCUGGAACUGCAACUCCUCCGCGAACGGGGGGAGUACCAGGAAAGCGUGAGGAUGUUGAAAGCAUCCGUUGUUGACCUGGAAUCGCAAGUGGUGGCUUCGUUCGAGAAGAAGUAUCGAGACCUCAGCAUGGAGUGCAACCAGAAGAUCGAAAAAGAACGCGAGCGGGUUGAUCGGGCCGUCGCCAGGGUGUCCGAGGUCGAGAACGCCGUCGCACAGGCUUCUCUCAUGGAAGCAGUGCUAAAAGAGGUCUCGGAGAAGCUCACCACAGCGGGGUCUGAAGGAAACGGGGCCCAGAUGGCACAGCUUCUGACGGAGGUUGCUCGAAUGGGCUCCACUGCUGCAGAGGUGUAG